AUGCAUGUGCUAAUGAUCCUUGGUACAAAUCAAUAUGGCUCUAGCAUUAACACAAGUUUAUACAGUGUGACCAAACGUAAAAUAAUCUUGGAACUCUCAUUUCCUAACGACGAUGAGAGAUGUUGUGGUUCUUCUCAUGGUUGGUUGGUUUUUCAACGGUCUGAUGAUAUUAUCUAUCUUUUCAACCCUUUCUCCGGUGAGACAAUCCAUCUUCCUAGUCUUUCUUAUCAUGUCGAUAAGGUUGUUCUAUCGAAGAAUCCCUCAACCAAUCCGUAUGAUGUUGAGGUCGUCGCAAUAGUUCAGUGUGGGUUUGUGCCUCUUGGGCUGGCUAUUCUACGACCCGGUAGUAAUGAAUGGAUUGUCAUGACUCAUGGUAUGUCACGGCAUGUUGUUUGUGAUGUGAUAUACUAUGAUGACAGAUACUACGUUGUGACUUCUCAUGGUCGUGUUUUAUCUAUUGACAAAAUGACUUUAGAUUUGAAUGAGAUAAGUGGACCAGCGCCAGUAAGGAGGUCCUCUGGAAAUGUUUGUUUUGAGCCGAAGGUUUUUCAGAAAUAG